GCAAGUGGGAGGGUGCUAACUUUGAGUCCCACGGGGAAAACAAAGCACCCGCCCCUCCCUGCCAGGUAACUUCUCCAACUUCUCCCAUUUUGGACUCGGAGCUCUCUCUCGGACUUGCUGAGCAGUAUGUCGGAGUCUGCAGAAGCUGUCAUAGCUGACGUGAGCAGCAAGAGAAGUGUGACGAUUGAGAUCUCAAAUGUCACCAAUAAUUACUGCUUGAUCAAUCCCAGAGUGUACCUUGAUAACGGAGAGACGUUCAACCCACCUCAACCCACAGUGCGCCCUCUAAAGACAGAGGUGUGCACCUUCACCAAGUCUGGUGGGAAAGCAACCGGCAGCGUGGGCGUGAUGACCUAUGACCUCUUCGAGAGGUCCCAGAACGACUACAUUGAGUCCCUGGCCAUCAUGUUCUCAGUUCCCUGGGACUACAACUUGUACAAGAACUGGUUUGCAGUGGGCAUUUAUAAAAAGGGUCGCAGCUGCGAUAAAGAUUUGUACAAAGAAAUGUACUAUGAGAAAAACGAGCAGGAGCAUGGGUUUGUGAGAGCAGAAGCCAACGGAUCAGGAAUCAAUUAUGUGGGUCACCACCUUGAUAUCAAAGCUACCAUGUGUCCCAUGGGCAAGGCCAUAAUCAAAGUGGAAGUGUGGGACAAGCUUUUCACCCCCAUAGGCCAGCAGGCGUAUUAGAACAGGCUCUGUCCCAGAAGCAGAAUUCUUUUUCUUAGCCGAUUUAUUACUGCUCACACCUGCUUGGGUUACCAGAUCUGCUGCUCCUAUGUGUCUGUGCACCUCAGCAUCACCCUUGAGUAAAUCUGCUUGAGAUCAGAGUUUGUUUUCAAAUUCUGGUAGAAAUAUCCUCUUUAUAGCAGAAGCAUUUCUGUGCCUCAGAGCAUUCAGUUCUAAAUCUUUAGAAAAGAGAAUCAAAGGAUGACUCACAAAAGAACAGGGCACACAGCUUAAUGAAACACACACACAGCUCUUGUCUGGAUUUACCUUGACGUUGCCUUUUCAGGUAUCAAAUAAACCUUUUUUACUCAA